AUGCUAUCUUCUUUUGGAUCAUCCACCAUUCAUGCCCUUGUAUACGACUCUGUGCUUCGUUCCUGGCUACAACUCGAUGGGUGCAAUCAAAUUUUGAGCCAUAGCUAUUAUCAGAAGGGUGCGUUUUAUGAUGGAUGCUUGUAUUUCACCACUCCCGAGCCUUUUAAUGUUGUGUACUUAGAUUUCGAUGCUGGGAAGUGGGAGAGAUCAAAAAUUGAGUUGCCGGGAAGCCUUACAUUUGUUCGACUAGUAAGUGAUGAGGAUCGGAAGUUGUAUUUGAUUGGAGGAGUUGGGCAGAGUGGGAUUUCAAGAAAUAUAAAGUUGUGGGAAUUGGGAGAAAAUGGAGAGAAUUGGGUAGAGAGGGAAACAUUGCCUGAGAUGAUAUGCAGAAAAUUUGUGUCUGUUUGUUACCAUAACUAUGAACAUGUUUAUUGUUUUUGGCACCAAGGAUUGAUUUGUGUUUGUUGCUAUACAUGGCCUGAGAUUUUGUACUACAUGGUGUGUAGGAGAACUUGGCAUUGGUUGCCCAAGUGCCCUUCAUUGCCUGACAAAUGGAGUUGCGGUUUCCGCUGGUUUCCCUUUAAGCCCGAGCUAUAUGCCAUUGUUUAA